GAGGGGACGCACGGCCUGGCCAACUUUUUACCAAGACCGACCAGCCAAAAAGACACAGCAAGGCAGCCCCAGCCUGGAACACCCUCACUCAAAACUCAUCGGUCCCUUUCUCUCUUCCGCUGGCAAACAUCCACACCAAAUACGAACCACAUUUCCCAACGAAACAGAACGGAUUAAUACCACUCGCAUAACAUGGCUAGCAAGUUCCCAAGCCUUCCUGCACCCAGAUUCGCCCCUCCAAAACCUUCUCCACUCAGUCAACCUGCAACUACUGCUCCACCCGAGCCUCCCAAAUCGCAGCCUCAGCCAUCCGCCAAUGCUCCCAGUAGUAGCGCGCCCCCUAAGAAAAAGAAGAAGAAAAAUGCUCAGCCCACUGCUCCUCCCGUCGUCGAGGACCUUGGACCUGGAAGACAGUUUGCUACCCAAGUAUUCAAACUGGUUGACACACUUAAGAGAACAAAUGGGCCGAUGAACUUGUCUGAUCUCGAGGCACAAACUGGGGUUAGAGGCUUGCUCUCCGAACACACCGACGUCCCGUUCAACAAAGAACUUUUCGACGCCUUCAAUUCUCAUGAACGAGUCAAUGUGACUGAGAAGGGACUAGUUCGACUGUGGAGUUACAAGCCGGACUAUGUCAUCAACAAUCCUAAACAAGUCCUUGAGCUUUUGGAACGAUUCUCAGGCAUGGGAGGCAUGCCAGUGAACACCUUAAAACAGAGCUGGCCCAACGUCAUGACAGCGAUCACAGAGCUGGAAAACGAAGGCAAAGUCUUGGUUCUCAGGACUGAAAGUGUGGGUGCUAAGGAAGGAACCCCAAAGACGGUCUUCUAUGAUCAAUUGGGCUGUCGAGAAAACCUAGGUCCUACUCGAGGUGCCCUUGAUGAUGAGUUUCGAGAGAUGUGGCAUUCGUUACAAACCCCACCAGUCCAUUCCUUGCCAUCGGAGUUACAGGAGGCUGGUUUGACUUCAUCUACUUCUGCCAACCUUAAACCUCAACAAACCACGAGGAAGCCUAAGAAGAAAGGCGGGAAGGGUGGCAAGGUCAAGAUCACCAACACUCAUCUUAAAGACCUUGGAAUCGAUCUUAGCAAAGAUUACGUGCCUUAUAAAAAGUAGCCUUUUCCGGUUUUUUUCGCUCCUUCUUGUGUUCGUUCUUCCUCAUUUUUUUUAUCGCUC